AUGACAAACCCGGUAGUUAGAUUUCCAUCGAGGAGAAUAAGGUUUGACUGGGCUCUUGCCGUGACAGUGGUACUGGGCGCCCUCUGUAAGCUGGGUGGCAGUGCAAAAGGAAGAGGGAAGCCGCGCAUGGUGUGCGUUAUGUACGGAACUACUAAAUCAGGGUCCCCCGUCUUGGUUUGCGGAACUUCGAAAUCCUAUCUGGCCAAAGAUUUCAAGUCGAAAAACGAGAUGAGCAAGCUCCGCUGGCGGCAGGAAAGGUUGGAGAGUUUAGAAGAGGCGAUCUACGGCCCGUCUAGACGGGCUCUUGUACGAACCGCCGGCACGGGAACCCCCGAGCUUUCUCACCAGACAGCACCCUCACGGAAUGAUAGUCACUAUAGAACCUGGGAUGGAGAUUGUGCCGAAACGGUACCGAUGACGGUGCUGGCGGCGAGGUGCUCGGGUGAGGUGGUCUCUAUUGCUAUACGCCCGACGGACAUACCUGAUAGGGACUGUAACCUUUCAAGGUUGGUUCAUCGCAUGCGGAACAGCGGGGACAGCAGAAGCAACUUUAUCCUCUUUCAGACAAAAGCAUGCGCCAAUUGUUUACGUUUUUUUGACUUACUUGAACAGAAAAAGGGUAUCAGAGUAGUGCAUGAGCGUCUUUCCAAAACAGAAUAUCCCCUGGCAUUUCUGGAUACAGGGUACUAA